UCUGAAUUGCUAUGUUAUCGCGAUAAAACAUUUCCGGUUGCGUACAGAGGAAGAGAGCCUGUCGUUUCUUUUAGACGAUCAUUACUUUGACAAAUUACAGUGUUAAGAUUUGAAUGUUUAUGGUAGUUACUGGUCAUUGGUUUUAAAUCGAGAUGUCCGAAGAGUUGGUGAAGCAGUUAAGCAGCUACAAAGCUCAGCUACAACAAGUGGAUGUAGCUUUAUCUACGGAUCCGGAUAAUGAAGACCUGCGUAAACUCCAAAAAGACUUACAGGAAGUCAUCGAUUUGACAAAAGACCUCCUGACGUCACAGCCGGCUGAUGCUGCUUCCACUGCUAAUGGCUCUGACACAGUCCAUCCGAAGCACAGCUGGAAAGUGGGGAACAGGUGUAUGGCUCUGUGGAGUCAGGACGGACAGUUGUAUGAAGCUGAGAUUGAGGAGAUAGACAGAGAGAACGGCACAGCAGCCAUUACCUUCACUGGCUGGGGCAACGCCGAAGUGAUCCCUCUGCAGAACCUCAAGCCGGUAGAGGAGGGGAAACGAGAUGACAGCGGGAAAAUCAAGCCUAAAUCAAAGAAAGAGCAAAUUGCAGAGCAGAGGGAAUAUAAGAAGAGAAAAGCCCAGAAGAAGGUCCAAAGGAUAAAGGAAUUGGAGCAGGAAAGAGAGGAACAGAAGUCCAAGUGGCAACAGUUCAACAACAAAGCUUACUCAAAAAACAAGAAAGGACAGGUGAAGAGGAGUAUAUUUGCAUCUCCAGAGAGUGUGAAUGGGAAGGUUGGAGUGGGAACGUGUGGUAUUGCAGACAAGCCUAUGACCCAGUAUAACGAUACAGCAAAGUAUAAUGUCAGACAUCUAAUGCCGCAGUAACCUUAUACAUUUUGUAUAUAACAACACUGACUACAAGCUGUAUCAGUGUUUUCCAUCGUGUUUAUAUAUGAUUAAAGUUUAAGUAAUGUAAGCAUUGAAGAAAGUAACCUCCAUUGUUUGAAAUGUUGUAGAUUCCUUGAAUAUUAUGUCCUUGGAAAAGAUAAAUUUUGCAUAGAUCUUCCCAGUACUGGAACUUGGGACACCUGUUGUGUAACAUUGGUGUUUAUAAAAGUUUCCCGUUUGAUGUCAAGGUUUGCAGAGGCCAAAUACCUGCUGUGUAUAACCAAACAGGUACACUUCCUGUGCAGGGCAUGGACUUGACGGUUUUUUUUGCUGCCUCUGUGGGAUUCCCAACCAUUAUAAUGGUGAAGAGUUAUGCACACUUGACAUUUUUAGUUCCUGUACAUAAAAAAGUAAAAUAAAGAUUGUGUUGGUUUAAUUUUU